AUGUUCCAAUAUAUAUUUAAGGAACCCGUUGCCACUACAGAAGGUCUAGAGAAGUUGAAAGGUUUCUGCAACUACUGCAGUAUAAGCUCAGGAAGUUUGACAAUGGAUAUAGGUACUCAAAAGAUGCUGCUUAUUUCAGUGAUACUGUUUGCGGGGUGCGCAGCGGAUUUGUAUCUCUUGCGUAGACCGACACACGAUGACUUAAAAUUCGACGGUUAUACCUUGGAGAAUCUGGUAAAUAUCCCGACCAUACCAUUUUGUGCCUUUCGAUGUUACGUGAACACAGCGUGUGUAUCAGUAUUUUAUAAUAAGAUUUUCAAAUCGUGCGUCUUAAAAUCUGUAUUAUUCAUGAAUCUUCAGGACGGUAUAGUUGAAAGUGGCACCAAAUAUUACAGUGUUUAUGAAGAUGGUUGUCCUCAAGACUUUAUUAGAAACAGAAAAUACGACCUAUGUUACAAUACAUUUCUUGCAUACGUGGAAAGGAAUGAAGCUAAAGAGUUAUGCGCGGAGAAUGGAUAUGUCUUACUGAGAGGUACAUCAGUUGAUGCUUACAACCAUGUAUCUAAUCAACUUAUGGUCACUCCAGGAAAUGCAUACGGGUAUUACAUUGGAGGUAGUGAUAAAAUCACCGAGGGUCGAUGGAUAUUUGACGAUGGUGAAAUAAUGACAGCUUUUAUUUGGGGAGACGGAGAGCCGGAUAACCACACGGAUAAAGAUGUUCUUUAUUUAAUAAGAUUAGGCAAUGGUAAAUAUGAAAUGUCAGAUAUCCAACCUCAUACGCGUUUCAAUUACAUUUGUCAAAAACUGUAG